GAGAGAACGAGAAAAUGGGAGGCAGCAUCACCCACCCAGACAGGAGGAGGGGAGGGUAGACAGCAUGCUCGUCCCCUCAAACAGACAGAGGUGGAAGGAAAGCGGGCAUGAGAGGCAGACACGAGGGGAGAAGAGAAGUACAAUGAAGGAGUGCUAUUGUCCAUCCUGACAGCACUGCCAUUUCACCAUCCGCUGAGAGACGGGAAGGGUGACAAAGGAGGGGGACGAAAGAGGAGGCAGCCAAACGGAGGAGAGAGGAUAGAUGGAGAGGAGCGGCAGGAGCCGGCAGUGACUUUGUGAAUUAACCGAGCGGAAGAGCGGAUCAGAGAGGAAGCGCGAUUUUUCUGGGAGUGGAUGAGGAGAAAGCCAGAGAAAGAGGAAGGAGAGGACGAAGGAUCCGACUUUCUGUGGCUGUUCAAACAUCACUGGGGCUCUUCUUAUUGGAACAUGAAAACCAGCUUUUCAUGAAUGGUUUAUUAUUAAUAAUAAUAAUAAAAAACAACUAUAGAAGCUUUGAUAUUUAGUGAGAAAAAUGAAGAACACAGAAGCAAAUGUGUUGCUCACUUGAUACAAAACAUUUUUUAAAGGACUUUUUGUAAAUAUAGACUCUCUUUUCGACUUCUAAUUUUUAUAUUUUCUAUAAUUGUAGAUCUGCAGGAUGUUAUACAAUCAUUUCUUUUAGAAGUUUCUCAGAAGAUUCAGCUUUUUAUGCAAGUUUUUGUAACAGUUGUCUUUUAAAUACUAAGGUGUGGUGUUCCUUGUUAAUUGAAAAAGGUUUUUUUUAUUAUUGUUUGAUAUGAUUUGUGAUUGACUAGCUGUUAGAGUCCGUACAUGCAUCCAAUGUGGGAUGUCAACACUGAUUAGGUGUGAUGGGUGGCUCCAAAGCAGUCAAACUUUGAUCUUAAUCGUAUUCUUCUUCUAAAAGCCUGUGAUUUUUUUUGUUUGUUUGUUUUAUCCUGCCGUUCUGUGGAAAAAAAUCCAAAAGGCUCAUCUAUUUUUCAGUUUGAUUCCACAAAGCAGUUAUCCCAGAAAAUUCCUGCUGUUGUCGGGACUUUACGGCAUACAUGCUCGGCGGGCUUUUCUUUUAAUGUCUGUUGCCAUAGCAACGGGAAGCAGCUGCAGACAGAACUAGAUGUAAAGUUCCUCUUUUCCUUUUUUUCAAAAUUCAUUUUAAAAACUGGUGCUGUUUCAUUGCUGUUGCAUAGAUCAUCAUAGAUGUAACAUCUUAGAAAGAAUUAGCCUGUGCUUUUGUAUGAUUUGUGGGUUUUGUGUUAGGGGUCAUAGUUGUUAACUCUAACUUUGUCUGUGUGAAAGUUUGUUAUCCAAUGUUUUUUUUUCAGUUCAUCUGUCCUCAAUGUGCUACUAUCAGGCAUGACUGUGUGAAUUAGAUGAUCACUCUGACUUCACUUGUACAUAUCCGUGGGUGCUGCUGUUUGACCCUGAGGCCUAUGAUCAUCAGUCAUCAGCAGUGCUGCAUCUAUGACAGUCUGUUCAUUACAGCGCUCAUCUGUUGGUGACUCAGGAUUUCUCUUCAUGUAGAGGGCCGUCUCCUCUGCAGUCACCUGACCUUCACUGUGUUUUGUGCACCAACAUCCUAGAGCUAGGGUUGACUCGACUCUAUUAGUUCUCUCAGAAGGAACAACUGGUGUUCCUAGUCUGCUGUUAACACGUGUUGGAUGUGUUGCCUAUGGAACGUUCUAAGCCUCUUUGGACUUAAUUUUGGUUCUAUUAAGUGUGUGACAGACUGUUAAUUUAUUCUGCAUGCUUUUUAUCUGAAGACUUUGUGUCUUUUCCAGCCAUACUACUUUAUAGCUUUCUGGAGAUCAUCCAGGCCUGUCUGGCAGUGGAUGAGUAUAUCUGGAUCCUCCUUGGUGCUUUUUGUCCAAGACCAGAUGGAUGGCUAGCUAGAACUGCUAGACAAUCCCUCUGUGGUGCUAGACUGGUGUAGGCGACUGUUCCUUUUGCCAUUCAUCCAGCACCCACUACAAUCUUGACCGUUAUACUUUUGGCUUAGUUGCAUUCUCAAAUGUUAUAAUAAGCCAUUCCUUUUGGUAUUAUUAAAAGGUUGGUGCCAGAUGUGCAGCCUUGUGUAAGUUAUUCAUCUUUUGCAAGUCUAAAGGUCAAUGUUCUGUAAAUAUGACUAGUGCCUCAGCAGCACUAAGGUUUAGGCAGGACAGCUUGCUGCAGGGCUAAAAGUGUACAUUUGCCUCCCACUGAGGUCAAGUUGUUACAGACUGUUUCAUUUGUGGGAUGUUUGUUGUGAGCGACUGCUAAUGUAAGAGUAUUUGCCUUCUAGGUUGGUCUAUGCAGAAAGAUGCAGUGUUUUAAGGUGUCUGUUGGACAGAGCUGAGAUCUGACUAUUCCUUGCGUUGGGAAGGGAGCUGUCCUGGAAUAUAGCCUUUGGCUUUUUUAUAUCAUACACUUUGUGGCAGUGUCAACAUUCUUCUCUCAGGUAAACAACUAUAAUCUGGGCUUUUUAUUGAAUUGAACUACGAAACAAUCAGAUGACAGCAGCUGGCACUGGGUUAACAACAAAGGUCAGUUCUAUUUGAGCUUCUUUCGAACCCAGAUGAGUGAGUUCAUCUUCAGCACUGAUGAGCUCUCACUUUGCUGAAGCUGGAUUAUGAGAUCAAACCUGACAAAUCAGGUUUCAUUACCAUCACAACGAGCCCACCAGUAGUGUUCAUCAGCCAAUGACCCACAUUCUCCCGUGUUACAUCACCACCUUGGUGCUGCAGUGUCUGUCACUGUACCAGUCAGACAACAUCUCCCAGGAGGCCUACCAAGAUUCAAUGGUGCUCAAGGAAUAAACAGAAAAAAAAGAACAACAAAAAAAAAAAAGUGAAACUUGGUGGUCAUUUUUAGGGAACACACUUAAACAAAAGCAGGCUCUUUUGUUUUUAGCCAUAUCAGGUACCUCUGUCAGGAACCGGCUCCGCUCUGCGAGUCCAGUCUUAAAAACAAACUUUUGUUUGGUUUUUCUUUGUUUUUCUAUGGGUGUCUGUAAUGACCAUGUCUAGCCUCUAGCCAUCCCAAAACCUUAAGUUCAAAAGGCAUUCAGACGGGACUCACUUGUAUUUUUUGAGUGAGGUUCUGUUAAACGGGACAGCCUGGAGAACGGGCGAGCCAUCGAGGGAGGGGGAGAGGGGGCGCGAGAGAUCAUUUGGAAAAGAAGAGAGGAAGUGGUGGCGCAAGAGAGGGCGGAGGCGCUGGAGAGACAGAGGCUGGCAGAGUACAUUGUGUGGAGGAGGAGAGAGGACUUCCAGGACAAGAAAGGAGACGGAGAGAAGGGGGGAAAGAGCACCGAAAAAGGAAAAGAGGCUUCACCAGAGGUCAUCUGGAAGAGGAGAGAAGACGAAGAAGGAGACGCAGGAAGGGAGAGGGCCAAAGCCAUUCAGAGAGGACAUGAAAUCAUUUGGAGGAAGAGGGAGAGAGAGUAAAACAGGACCCGAUGACACAUUUGAGGGUGUCAUGUUCAUGAAAAGUAGCUGCUGAAGAAGCUGUUGCUACUGCUGACACAAAACUCUGACGCUAGUUGAGAGCAGGAACCCUCCUCUCUUCUCCGGCAGGUACCUGCUGUAUUAUUGACCAGUUAAAGUUUUGGAUGAUGUCUGCACAGCCCUUCUUCUAAUCCCUGUUUUGGCUCCUAAUGGGAUUUUUAAGCAUUUUUUAUGGGCCUCUGUCAAGCAGGAUACGACUGCCAAGCGGAGCUGCAUUACACAUGUGCAUGUCAUCAUUGCGGACUGGCAAGGUUUCCAGCACCUCGUGCAUGUAGUCAUAUCGCAUUCAAGUGCACAGCUUUGGUUCCGGAAAAACAGGCAUUCCGAGUGACAGGAACUUGUGGGGACUCUCUAAUGACAGCUUUAAAACUGGCUCUCACUCAGGGAUGGUUAUGUUGGAAGGAAAUACUCACUGAUUGUUUUACAUCAUGGGAGAACACCGAGAAAGAACUGUGGAGCUGAGAGUUCGUCUUCAUUAGUCCUGGGAAAUCAAACAAAUCACAAAAGGAUUGAACCAACAUGAGCUGUACAAGUCUUGAAUGAGACGUUUUCUUUUUGUCUGAUUAUCUGGGACAUCCCACUUCUCUGGACCUCUUCUCAUUCUGCAUUCACUGUGGACAGAGUUGUAGUUGAAGCAGUUUGGUUUGGCUGCCUCACAAUGACUGUAGGACGGACAAUCAGAUGCAGCAACAUGGAUGCAGCUCAAAUCAUGAGCAAGACGUGCAAAUGGGUUUGUCUUUUCAGAGAAAAACUUUAGUUUGACAGACACUUUGAUCCACUACAGCCUUGGCAUCAAAAACUCUCUCUGCAGGAUCAAUAUGGAGCUUGUGCCCAAAACUAAAUACACCCACUUUCGGAGUGAGUCGCUGAGUUCAAACGAUGACACCAACUCCAAUCCAUCGUCGUUCCCUCCUUCCAGUCCUGCCACCCCUUUGACCCCCUCCCCUGGUAUACCUUCUUCUCUUUCCUCCUCGUCUCUCACUCCUAUUUUGCCCCCCACCUCUCCCCGUCCGGCAGAAAACAGUCCCACCACCCUCUGCUCCUUCUUCCCAAGGAUGAGUUCCCUUCGUCUGGGUGUCACUGCUACUCUUCUUCCAGGACUCAAGGCCUCAAGCAGGUCACAGCCAUCUCAGCUGGCUGUGGAGUCCUCUGGGGACGAUAGGAGCAACUCUAGCUCCUCCCCUCCUCUUCACCAACCUGCUCCCCUCCUAACCGCCCCCUCUCCCCCUCCCCGACCUCCUCUGCAGGACAUGAACCGGCUUGGAGGGGCGUCCAGGAGGGCACGGGUGGAAGGUGGGCAGCUGGGAGGAGACGAAUGGACACGGCAUGGCUCCUUCGUCAACAAGCCUACCCGUGGCUGGCUCCACUCUGACAGUGUGGUCAGCACCACUGGUGUUUCUUACACUGUAACAUACAUGGGUUGUGUAGAGGUGCUACAGUCAAUGCGGGCGCUGGACUUCAACACCAGAACACAAGUCACCAGGGAAGCUAUCGCUGUGGUGUGUGAGGCAGUACCCGGAGCCAAAGGCGCCCGCCGAAGAAAGCCUUCCUCUCGGUGUCUCACAUCAAUUCUGGGAAAGAGUAACUUGCAGUUUGCAGGCAUGCCAAUCAGCCUCACCAUCUCAACCAGCAGCCUAAACCUGCUAGCUUCUGACUGCAAACAGAUUAUUGCCAAUCAUCACAUGCAGUCCAUAUCCUUUGCCUCUGGAGGAGACCCAGAUACAGCAGAGUACGUAGCAUAUGUGGCCAAAGACCCAGUCAACCAUAGAGCAUGUCACAUCCUGGAGUGCACAGAGGGUUUAGCUCAAGAAGUCAUCAGCACCAUCGGCCAGGCAUUUGAACUGCGUUUCAAACAAUACCUUAAAACCCCCCCUAAACUGGUCACCCCCCAUGACAGAAUGGCUCCGUUUGACGGCUCUGCAUGGGAUGAAGAGGAUGAUGAGAUUGCCCCGCCUCCUGAAGUUCCUUACUACAAUAAUUUCCCUGGGAAACAGCCUCCUCCUGGUGGAAUUAUUGACAUGAGGACCCGCUCCGGAGCCACACUGCUCUAUGGACAGCAGGGCCAGAAUGACAUUCACAAGCAGCCGCUGCCCCCGUUACCAGUGGGUGCUAAAGAAGGAACUCGAGAGCUGUUUGAUGACCCUUCAUAUGUCAAUGUGGAUAAACCUCGUCCUCCGCUUGCUGCAAAUGGAAAUGCUAACAGAGACGCCUUCGACAUGAAACCGCUUGAUGAUGCCCUCGGGGUCUCUGGGACAUCGGCGCCCCCUAUGGUGCAGCAGCUGCAGAAUGAAAUCUGGUUCCAUGGCAGUUUAACUCGCAGGGAGGCAGAGAGACUUCUGACCAGAGAUGGUGAUUUCCUGGUGCGGGAAUCCGGUACCACGCCUGGACAAUAUGUUCUUACCGGGCAGCAGGGGGGUCAACCCAAACACCUGCUGCUGGUGGAUCCAGAAGGAGUGGUGCGCACAAAAGAUCACCGGUUUGGAAGUGUCAGCCACCUGAUCAGUUACCACUUGGACAACAGACUUCCCAUCGUGUCGGCUGGGAGUGAGGUCUAUCUGCAGCAGCCAGUGGAACGCAGAGCCUGAAACCACACACCAAUGAAAUACUCACUCCAACAGAAGAUCCUAACAAACACACGUUUUCAGCAACAUCUAUUGAAUGAACGCAGAAUAAGUCUAAAUGAACACACAAGCAGCACAGACAACCAAAAAUAAAGAAAGAACAUCAUC